UCGAAUAGGAUCGCCGUCUCCUCUGCUGUACAGUAUCUUAACCUACUUGUGGAAGUAAGUGAGACAAGAAAUAGUAGACGGUACCCUUUUUAGCGUAUUCCAUGAGGGGAAAACGAAGCUUGCGUGUCUCCUUGGUUACAUUUCACUGUAAACAACAGAUAUCAACCUGUGGAUGGUGAGAGCAGCAAGAGAUUAUCCUCGCGUCUCCGGAAUAGCGCGGUCAUUCUUCCAGCCGGUAAUAUUUAGGACGCUUCGUUGUAACCGGCUGCGUGUUAACAGCGGCUUUAUGUGGCUGUAACCCACGGGGACGGGAAGCGAAUUAAUUUAGGUUUAUGAAUGGCCCUGACAUGGAGGAAAUUCCGUUUCAGAAAGUCAAAACCCGGAGGAAGAAAGGCCACUGUCCACCUGGAAUCCCAUUGAAUGCCAUCGCCUGCGAGGACGAGUUUGACUGCAAGGAGCUGGAAUCGCUCUUCCAAAAUUACAACCUGAAGCUGGAGCAGACCUCCACCCUUAAAGCUCUGGCGGUUUUGAUCAUCAUGGCAUCAACUUUGGCUGGAGUGGAGCUAAUGUCCAGCCCCAGCCUGACCAUCUCCAAGGGGUCCCAUCCGGUGCACUGCAUAAUAUUCGUCUCGCUCUUCAUCGUCACGAAUGUCAAGUACCUCCAAGUGACACAACUCCAGCAGAUCGUUAACCUGACUCUGCUUUUCGGCUUCACCUUUUCUUUCCUCUGCUGUCCGUUCUUUCUUGGCGUGUACGGCGCAGACCCGCCGACGUCCCCGGAGCAAGGAAUGUGGCAGGUCAUGCUGGUGACAUUUGUCGCCUACUCGCUCCUGCCCGUGCGGACUCUGUUGGCCAUAGUGUUUGGAAUUAUGGUUGCCAUAUCCCACAUAAUCGUUACUGCCACAUCGGUCACAGUCAAACGACAGAGGCUAUGGAGAACGCUGGUGGCCAACACUGUACUCUUCACGAGCGUGAACCUCUCAGGGCUGUUUGUGAGGAUGCUGACAGAGAGGGCCCAGAGGAAGGCCUUCCUGCAGGCGCGCAACUGCAUCGAGGAGAGGCUGCGCAUGGAGGACGAGAACGAGAAGCAGGAGCGCCUCCUUAUGAGCCUGCUACCCAGAAAUGUCGCCAUGGAGAUGAAAGAGGACUUCCUGAAACCCCCAGAGAGGAUUUUUCAUAAGAUCUACAUCCAGAGACAUGAUAAUGUCAGCAUCCUGUUCGCCGACAUCGUGGGCUUCACCAGCCUGGCCUCGCAGUGCACGGCGCAGGAGCUGGUCAAGCUGCUGAACGAGCUCUUCGGGAAGUUCGACGAGCUGGCCACGGAGAAUCACUGUCGACGUAUCAAAAUCCUCGGAGACUGUUACUACUGCGUGUCCGGCCUGACUCAGCCCAAGACUGACCACGCCCACUGCUGUGUGGAGAUGGGACUGGACAUGAUUGACACCAUCACAUCGGUGGCCGAGGCCACAGAGGUAGACCUGAACAUGCGAGUGGGGCUCCACACCGGCAGGGUGCUCUGCGGGGUGCUGGGCCUGAGGAAGUGGCAGUACGACGUGUGGUCCAACGACGUGACGCUAGCCAACGUGAUGGAGGCUGGGGGACUGCCCGGGAAGGUCCACAUCACCAGGAGCACCUUGGACUGCCUGAAUGGAGAUUACGAAGUGGAGCCGGGGAACGGCCACGAGAGGAACGCCUUCCUGCAGAAACACCACAUCGAAACCUUCUUCAUAGUGCCAUCUCACCGGCGGAAGAUAUUUCCCGGAUUAAUCCUCUCGGAUAUAAAACCUGCCAAAAAGAUGAAGUUCAAAACCGUGUGCUACCUGCUGGUGCAGCUCAUGCACUGCCGCAAGAUGUUCAGGGCUGAGAUCCCCUUCUCCAACGUCAUGACCUGCGAGGACGGAGACAAGAGGCGGGCGCUGCGGACCGCGCCGGAGAAGCUGAGGAACCGCACGUCCUUCUCCGCCAACGCCGCCCAGAGCAGCCCCGGGACGCGGGUCAACCGUUACAUCGGCCGCCUGAUCGAGGCGCGGCAGACCGAGUCGGAGAUGGCCGACCUUCACUUCGUCACGCUGAUGUACAAGCGCGCCGAGCGUGAGGAGAAGUACCAUCAGCUGCACGACGAGCACUUCAUCAGUGCCGUGGUCCUCUCGCUCAUCCUAGCUGCCUUAUUCGGCCUCGUCUACCUUCUGAUAAUCCCACAGGGAACGGUCGUCCUGGUCCUACUCGUCUUCUGCAUAUGCUUCCUCGUGGCUUGCAUCAUGUACUUGCACAUCACUAGAAUACAGUGCUUUCCAGGCUGUCUGACUAUUCAGAUCAGAACAGUUCUGUGCAUGUUCAUAGUUCUCCUAAUAUACGCCGUGGCCCAGGCGUGCGUGGUGGGCUGCAUGCCGUGGUUGUGGGGCGGGAACUCCUCCAGCGCCAUCACCAUCAUCGAGGCGGGCGGGGCCAACCGCACCAUGGAGGAGCUGCCCUGUGAGGGGGCCCGCUACGCUCUGCUGUGCUGCGCUGCCGGCACGCUCACCCUCGCCCUCUUCCUGCGUGUCUCCUGGCUGCCAAAGAUCACCCUCCUCCUCCUCCUCAGUGUCUUAUACAUCGUCGUCCUGGAGAUCAGCGGCUUCAGGAAGACGGCAGGGGCCGGGCCUUUCUACGUGCGAGGCUUUGAGCCAAUCCUGUCGAUCCUUCUCUUCACCAGCGCCCUGGCUUUGCACUCCAGGCAGCUGGACCUGAAGCUGCGGCUGGACUACCUCUGGGCUGCGCAGGCAGAAGAGGAGAGAGAAGGCAUGGAGAAGGUAAAGCUGGACAAUAAAAGGAUCCUCUUCAACCUCCUUCCUGCCCAUGUGGCACAACACUUCCUGCUGUCCAACCCAAGGAACAUGGAUCUGUACUAUCAAUCCUACGCCCAAGUGGGCGUGCUGUUCGCCUCCAUCCCCAACUUCAACGACUUCUACAUCGAGCUGGACGGCAACAACAUGGGAGUGGAGUGCCUUCGUCUGCUGAAUGAGAUCAUCGCCGAUUUCGAUGAGCUCAUGGACAAAGAGUGCUACAGGGACAUUGAGAAGAUAAAAACCAUUGGCAGUACAUACAUGGCAGCUGUGGGGUUAGUGCCUACCAUCGGAACCAAGGCCAAAAAGUCCACCGCCGCACACUUAAGCACAGUGGCGGACUUUGCCAUCGAGAUGUUUGACGUCCUGGAUGAAAUCAACUACCAGUCAUACAAUGACUUUGUCCUGAGAGUAGGCAUUAACGUGGGACCGGUGGUGGCCGGGGUCAUCGGGGCCAGGAGGCCUCAGUACGACAUUUGGGGGAACACCGUGAACGUGGCCAGCCGCAUGGACAGCACCGGCAUCCCGGGGAAGAUCCAGGUCACGGAGGACGUGUACCGCAUGCUCAAGUGCAACUAUGACCUGGUGUGCCGCGGCAAGGUCAGCGUGAAGGGCAAGGGCGAGAUGCUGACCUACUUCCUGGAGGGGAAGAUCCAGAGCUCCAGCGCCCACGCCCGGGCGGCGAGCGUGGAGCGCAGUGCCUCGCAGUGCACCAGGGCCGGCGUCCAGGGCAAGACGGCGGCCGGAGGCUCCUCGGCACAGUCCGUGUCCAGCUUCACCGUCCGGGUCAGCGCCGGGACCGCGCAGGCCGGCUCCGCAAACAGCAGCUGCCCCACCUCCACGCUCCACCUCCCGUCCACCUCUGCGGCGGACCUAGAGGAGUGAGGAACAUCGGGCCCGGCCUCUUCCACCCUCCAUUUUCCUGUCAACAUCCCUCCUUGGGGAGAAGUCAGGAAUGUUAGGCCACACCCCCAUGUUCCACCUCCCGCCCACCUCUGUGGCAGACCUGGAGGAGGAGUCAGGACCAUUAGGCCCCGCCUCCAAGCGCCACCUCCCAUCCGCCUCCACAGCAGACUUAGAGGAGGAGAGGGGAACAUUAGGAGGUGGGGGAGGGGGAAGAGGGUUCUCUGUGAGAGGAACUGCACUCGAUGUCUGCCUGCACACUCACCACAUGGUCUUAGACUACCACGCAACCAAGGAAUCUUGCUGGCCAACCAAAGAGUGCGCUGGGUUUCUGGUAACGGACUCCUUGGCAAGGUUUACAAGGGCUGGCAGCGCCGUCAGCCAGUGGACCGGAGAGCGAGAAGUGCUCGGUCGCAUGUCUUUCAGCACAAAACUUUUAACUACACCCCGUUUUACAUCAAAAGCCACGACCUGCUUUACGGACGCUCCUCUAAUCUCUCUGAGACCAGCACAACGUUAGCGUUUCAACCAAGGACAGCAGCGUCUUAUUGACAGGAUUAAGCUGUACCAUCACCCACAGGUCGUUUACAGAAGGCAGAACCGUGUCUUCCCUCUACACUUUGAUCUGGAAAAGGCCUCAGACCAACAACAAUACAUUUUCUGUGACGGAGGGAAACAAUUUUUGGGUAUUUUGGCCUCGUACUGCAUUCCACAGGUCACACUGGAGAUUGUGUUUCUGGUCAUUUCAAAAAUUUAUAGUUAUUGGUUAUAAGCUUUAUCAGGUCAUUAAUGAAGCACAAUUCACUGCCCUGUCUGAAAACACACCAUCCCAUGUUUUGCCUACGUUCACAAGGGUAUCUUUAAAUAUUUAAACAGAUUUGUACCAGAGUUCAACGCACGGCAUAAUAGCUUCGCGUCUGUAGGCUCUCUCUAAUUAUGCCAAGGUAAUGUUUAAUCUCUGCAUCUGUACAGAGCUGAGGUGCUUUUGAUACUGGAUGAAUAAGUAAUGAUAGCUAUCUAGGAAAGUAUUCUCUUUUUAUGUGUGUGCAUGUGUGUGUGCGUGUAUGCUUGUGUGUCUGUGUAUGCCCGUAUAUUUGUGAACAUUGCUCAGCAUUGAAAUGGAAAGGCACAGCCAGGGCUUUCAUUAUGUUUAAAAAUUGCUAUGGUUCUCCUUUCAGAAUAUCUGCAAUAUUCUUGACCCCCUCAUCACUCUCUGUGGAGAUUUAUACCAUUACAACUGUGCAGUGAUGCUUGACACAACAGCAGUCAUGCAUUACAACAGCCACCGCUAGAAUAACAGUACCAGAGCAAUCAGAAAGGUGAAUUGGCUCUUUCAUCGUUUAAGCUUCUGUAGUCUGGCGGUUAGGAACGCUUUCCUAAACCACUUAAUAUUCAACAAUGUGCAGCCUGUCAAAAUGGCCAAAGGAUGCCGUUAGCUCAUUAUAUCAGCACAUUCAUUUGCCUUUGGCAUGAUUCUUAUCCUGCGAUUGGUGAAAAAUGUAUUUGUGAACAGGAACCACAGCAAGUUGCUUUUUCCUUUUUGUUAGAUGUUCCGACUGCUGAUUUGGAACUUGACUUAGAUUAUGGCAUGUACAGCACCAGCCAAAAGUUUGGA